AUGGAUAGGACAAUGGCCAACCGCGUGCGAGGUUUUGCAAUGGCAUAUCAAAACAGAGGUGAUGGCAAAGAAAGUUUUAUUGCUAAUCUGGCUAGAUUGGAAUUCAAUAUCUGCAAAUACGCUAGGUCUCAGAACGCCGAUGACAAUAUUGUCGACCUCUCGGAGGACAUACAAUCUAUAAAGAUUUGGGCUGAGGAGCAAAACGCCCAUUCCCAGAAAAAUUCACGAAAUCAAAGAAUCACUAAUGUGGGAAAUGCGAUCGCAACCACCGUACGUUCUUUGGACAGCCUGAGCAGCGAAAAACCUUAUGAAGUCAUGAAAGGAUGCCUUAGCAUUACGACCUCUAUUGCUUUCGUUGCUGGAGGCCCAUAUGGUGCUGCAGUCGAGGCUGUAUCCCACGUGUUAGCCACGAUCUUGUCAAUUCAUGCCCCGAAAAGACCCAAUUUGGCGACAACCUUUGUGGAAAAGGUUUAUGCAGAAAUCUUGAAGCUUAAUCAGAAGCUUAAAAGCGAGAAAUUCAGCGGGUUGCAAGCGCGAGUACGAUUAAUGCUGAUAAAUCUGAGGAGUCUCGAGACACAAGGGGAUUUGCCAGACGAUAAAAUCCUUUAUGAGACUGACUUCCCCCAGUUUAUUGGCGAGGUCGCUCAUAACUUUUCACACGGUUUGAAUCCUGAUAGCAAAGACGAGGACGUUCACGACUGCCUCACCUCCAUGGUUGCAUAUUGUCACGCAGUGACGUCCUUUCUUGUGCUGCUGUCAAAUGUGCUGGUGACAUUUCAAGCAAUUGGUAACAACACUGAGUGCAUCGUCAGGCUGCUGAACGAUCAGAUCAGGGACGCGUUUGAGAAGCUCGAAUACUUGUCAUAUUUCAAGACGUACAGCUUGGCUAUGUCUCCAAACGAUAAAAGAAAAUUAUACCUAGCAUUUCGUUUGCGAAACAACCACAUUAUAUAUGAGAUCGUGGAGGAAUUCAGACUCAGGGCUUGGGGAUGA